UCGUGUAAUUUGUUGAAACGAAUAUUAUACGGUGCAAUAAUAUUUAUUUGUAGCGUUCAUUAAAUACCUUCGUCGCGAAUGCAAUUGUAUACCGAUUUACUGACGCAAAGUGAAAAUGUGUAUUAAUUUCUGUCCAACAUAGUCAGCAAGUUGUUCUCCGUCGCCAUGUUUGCUUUGGGUGACGCCAACUCUCUUCCAUUUUCCUCCGCCUCUGGUUGUCAAGAAGAUGGCAGCUUCCAGGCAGGCAUGAGAGGAAAUAUUUCUUCGCAAACUGAAUGAAUCUGGAUUAUUACCACAACCUCAGACCGCCCAUCAGUGCUUUUGCAAUUACUGAAUCGAAUUAGAAUCAUGUCUGUCCCUGGUUCCGCGGUGACUGGAACCUCGGCGUCGGUUCUGCAGCCGCGGUGGAAACGGGUCCUCGGAUGGUCCGGUCCUGUUCCCCGGCCCAGACAUGGGCACAGAGCCGUGGCGAUUAAAGAAUUGAUGGUUGUGUUUGGCGGAGGAAACGAAGGGAUAGUCGAUGAAUUACAUGUCUACAAUACUGCAACAAACCAGUGGUUUAUCCCUGCGGUUCGUGGUGACAUUCCACCGGGCUGUGCUGCCUAUGGAUUUGUCUGUGAUGGCACAAGGUUGUUGGUGUUUGGUGGUAUGGUGGAAUAUGGAAAGUACAGCAAUGACCUUUAUGAACUACAGGCCAGCAGAUGGGAAUGGAAAAAGUUAAAAGCCAAAAAUCCCAAAAAUGGCCCCCCUCCUUGUCCACGUCUUGGUCACAGUUUUUCCCUGGUGGGAAACAAAUGCUACUUAUUUGGGGGGCUUGCCAAUGACAGCGAGGACCCGAAAAAUAACAUUCCCAGAUACCUGAAUGAUCUGUACAUACUCGAGCUCCGUGCCGGCUCCAGCGUGGUCGCAUGGGAUAUUCCCAUCACUUAUGGAGUCCUGCCUCCUCCCCGAGAGAGCCAUACAGCGGUGGUUUACACAGAAAAGACAAGCAGAAAAUCUCGUCUUAUAAUCUACGGCGGGAUGAGCGGGUGCCGUCUUGGAGAUUUGUGGACUCUUGAUAUCGAUACACUGGCGUGGAACAAACCAUCAGUGAGCGGUACGGCGCCUCUUCCCAGGAGUCUUCACUCUGCCACCACCAUCACUAACAAGAUGUAUGUUUUUGGAGGAUGGGUUCCCUUGGUCAUGGAUGAUGUGAAAGUUGCCACGCAUGAGAAAGAGUGGAAGUGCACAAACACUCUGGCUUGCUUAAAUCUCGACACCAUGUGUUGGGAGACGGUGUUGAUGGACACUCUUGAAGACAACAUUCCCAGGGCUCGUGCUGGCCAUUGUGCAGUGGCUAUCAACUCCAGGCUGUAUGUUUGGAGCGGCCGUGACGGAUACCGCAAAGCAUGGAACAACCAAGUCUGUUGUAAAGACCUCUGGUACCUGGAAACUGAGCGGCCGCAUGCGCCUGCUCGGGUGCAGUUAGUCCGUGCCAACACAAACUCCCUGGAGGUGAGCUGGGGUGCAGUAUCCACCGCGGACACGUACCUGUUACAGCUGCAGAAAUACGACAUCCCCGCGACUCCGGCUGCAGCCUCGCCAGCCAUGAGUACAACCCCUACGCAGCCUUUGAACUCUCCCAAGAGUCCAGCACCGGCUGCUGCAGCCCCGUCCCCACAGAGCCUUCCACAAACUGCUGUUUUGAAGGUUGCUCAGCAAUCUGCCACAGGUGCAUCUGUUGUCACAGUCCGCCCGAGCCAGCCCGGGAAAUCCCCCGUCACUGUGACAUCCCUUCCUCCUGGUGUCCGAAUGGUUGUGCCUGCUCAGGCCACCCAAGGAUCGCCAAUCGGAAGUAGCCCUCAGAUGAGCGGUAUGGCAGCAUUAGCUGCUGCGGCUGCAGCAACACAGAAGAUCCCGCCGUCCUCUGCAGCCACAGUGCUCAAUGUUCCUGCAGGUGCCACGAUUCUCAAAACAGUAGCCGUUUCCCCUGGCACAACCACAGUGAAAAUGGCUUCCCCGGUCAUGGUCAGCAACCCCGCCACCCGUAUGCUGAAGACUGCUGCAGCCCAGGUGGGCACAGCAACGGCCUCCUCUCCCACCACCACCACCAGACCUAUCAUCACUGUGCACAAGUCUGGUGCGGUCACCGUGGCUCAACAGGCCCAGGUGGUAACCACUGUGAUGGGAGGAGUCACAAAGACCAUCGCCCUGGUUAAGAGUCCCCUCACAAUGGGCAGUGGUGGAACUCUGAUCUCCAACCUUGGCAAGAUGAUGUCGGUGGUUCAAACCAAACCAGUGCAGACAUCUGCGGUCACAGGCCAGGCUUCCACGAACCCUCUCACCCAAAUCCUCCAGACAAAGGGUCCCCUGCCAGCCGGCACUAUUCUGAAGCUGGUGACCUCUGCAGAUGGGAAGCCUGCAACAAUCAUCACCACCUCCCAGGCUGGCGGCACAGGAAACAAGCCCACAAUCCUCAACAUCAGUGGGGUGUCUCCAAAUACCACUAAACAGGGUCCCACAAUCAUUAAGACCAUCCCCAUGGCGGCCAUCAUGACCCAGCCUGGAGCGACAGGUGUUACAAGCAGUACGGGCAUCAAAACACCCAUCACAAUCCUGACGACGAAGGUGAUGACGACUGGAACACCUGGUAAAAUCAUCACCGCGGUGCCCAAGCUGGCGACUGCAGCUGGCCAGCAGGGUUUGACGCAGGUUGUGUUGAAGGGUGCUCCUGGCCAACCGGGGACUAUUUUGCGUACUCUUCCCAUGAACACAGUUGGUGGUGUUCGCCUUGUUACGCCCGUGACGGUAUCUGCUGUUAAACCUACUGUCACAACCCUGGUUGUCAAGGGAACAACUGGCGUCACCUCUCUUGGCACAGUGACCGGUACAGUCUCCACCAGCCUGGCGGGCGCCGCCGUGGAUACUGCUAAUGCAUCACUGGUUACUCCCAUCACCACGUUGGGGACCAUUGCGACCCUGUCCAGCCAGGUCAUCAGUUCACCUGCAAUUACUGUGUCGGCCGCCCAGACCACCUUAACGUCUGCCACCACACUGCCCUCGUCCACCAUCACAGUGCAGCAGCCCACCCAGGUGACACUGAUCACAACUCCCAGUGGUGUAGAAGCCCAGCCGGUGCAGGAUCUCCCAGUGUCCAUCCUGGCUUCGCCCACCUCUGAGCAGCCCAGCUCAUCUGAGGCUGCCGCUGCCGGGGACGGGUCCGGGACAGUCACACUGGUCUGCUCCAACCCGCCUUGUGAGACGCACGACACAGGAACCACGAAUACCGCCACGACGUCCUCUGCCACCAUCGGAGCAGGGCAGGUUUGCUCCAACCCACCCUGUGAAACCCACGAAACGGGAACCACAAACACAGCCACCACCUCCUCCGCUACGAUUGGACCAGGGCAGGUGUGCUCCAACCCUCCGUGUGAGACCCAUGAAACGGGAACCACCAACACGGCUACAACCGCAGCAUCAAAUAUGACUUCUCUGCGUGUGUGCUCGAACCCGCCGUGCGAGACCCACGAAACCGGGACAACUAACACAGCGACCACAGCAUCUGCCAACAUGGGGGGCGCCCAGCAGGUGUGCUCCAACCCACCCUGUGAAACCCACGUGACGGGCACCACCAACACAGCCACCCAGGCGUCUUCCAACAUGAGCGAAGGCCAAAGUGGCACAGUGCAGAGGGUUUGCUCCAACCCGCCUUGUGAAACCCACGAGACGGGGACGACUAACACGCCAUCCACAGCCACCUCCAACAUGGGAGGAGACCAGACCAGCACAGCGACCGGCACAGUUCAGAGGGUUUGCUCAAACCCGCCCUGUGAAACCCACGAGACUGGGACCACCAACACAGCCACCACUGCCACCAGCAGUCUCGAGACAGGAGAUGGCACAGCAGCUCAGCAGCCAGAGGAUGCAACUGAAGGCACAAGCAGCACCGAGGAGGCCUCCACCACUCCAGCGGCUGGCGUAGUGACCACCACCCAGGGCAGGGCCAUUACGACCGUCACUCAGUCGACACCUGCCCCCGGGCCUUCUGUACCUUCGAUUUCGUCAAUCACAGAGGGGGUGAGCGCUGCUGCCAGCUCCACAGAAGAACCCAUGCAGACGGACGAAGCGGCAUCAGCAGAAGCCGCACCUGCAGUAGAAGGAGCGACUCCUAUGGAGACUCAGGCGGAGGGGGAAGCAUCAGCAGUACCAGUAGCCACAGCCACAGCCUUGAACCUGCCAUCUGAGCUCAUGUCCGAGGGCCAGGGAACCACACUGAUGGUGACGGGUCUGUCAGACGAGGAACUGGCUGUGACUGCUGCAGCAGAGGCCGCCGCUCAGGCAGCAGCUACUGAAGAAGCUCAGGCCCUCGCUAUCCAGGCUGUCCUUCAGGCUGCUCAGCAAGCUGUAAUGAAUGAAGGUGAAGCAGCGGCAGAGGGCCAGCAAACCACCAACAUCCCCAUCAUGUUGACCCAGCAGGAGCUGGCGGCGCUGGUGCAGCAGCAGCAGCAGCUGCAAGAAGCCCAGGCUGCCGCCCAGCAGGGCACAGUAGACGCAAGCUUGCCCACCGAGGGCCUCGCUCCCGCCGACAGCCUCAACGACCCUUCCGUGGAGAGCAAUGGACACAGUGAGAUGACUGCUGCAGUCACAAGCGCCGUGGCCUCCCUGCUGCCGCGGACCACCGCAGAGACGCUAGCCCCCUCGAGCACAUUUGCACCCUCCGUGUCGGUGGCGAGUCCAGCUAAGCUGCAAGCAGCAGCUGCGCUAGCUGAAGUAGCCAAUGGCAUCGAAGGAGAGAAGCAAGCCCCCCAGCCUGCCCCAGCCAAGCCUGUUGUCAAGAAAGAGAACCAAUGGUUCGAUGUCGGGAUUGUCAAAGUGACAAAUAUGGUUGUCACUCACUUCUACGUGCCAGCAGACGAUUCUCAAGGAGAUGACGACUCGGGCGUCAUGCCAGACUACAGCCAGAUGAAGAAAAUGGAGCUUCAGCCCGGGACCGCAUACAAGUUCCGUGUGGCUGGAAUCAAUGCUUGCGGCCGUGGCGCCUUCUCCGAGAUAUCUGCUUUCAAGACCUGCCUACCCGGGUUUCCCGGAGCACCCUGCGCCAUCAAAAUCAGCAAGAGCUCAGAUGGCGCUCACCUGACCUGGGAGCCUCCCUCUGUGACGUCGGGGAAGAUCAUCGAGUAUUCCGUGUAUCUGGCCAUCCAGAGCAACCAGACGGCUGAGGCCAAGGCCUCCACCCCGGCCCAGCUAGCGUUUAUGCGCGUGUACUGUGGACCCAACCCCUCCUGCUUGGUGCAGUCGUCCAGCCUCUCCAACGCCCACAUCGACUACACCACCAAGCCAGCAAUCAUCUUCCGCAUCGCCGCCCGCAACGAGAAGGGCUACGGUCCUGCCACUCAAGUGCGAUGGCUGCAGGAAUCCGGCAAAGACGCUGCCUCUGCAAAACCAGCUGCCAAAAGACCAGGCACCUCUCCUGAUACGAAGGCUACUGGUCCAAAGAAAGCAAGGACGGACCAGUGAGGCUGCCCAGAGAUUCCUCCCCUUUUGUCCUUUUCCUACUCGCUGUCCUUUUAUCAGGAAGACUGACCUUCGACCCCUCCACCUCUUCAUCCUCAACGCCAUCCUAAUCUCCGUCUCAGACCACAGCCCGAUGAAGCCCAGAUGGAAGCAAUCUGAGAUCUUUCUGUAGAUAACCCCCCCCCUUUCGUCCUGGUUCUGUUGGCCAUGCUAUUUGUAGAGCAACAUAAACUUAGAAGCACAUUAUCCCCCCCCCUCCGUCAUUUUAACUUUCUUUUUUUGGCUUGUUUCAGUAGUUGAGCAGUAUAGAGAAGCAUUUACAUAUUUCACAAACUGGGAGCAGCCCGAGCGCUACGUUACUUUUUGUCUUUGUUUUGUCCAUCCGGGAUGUAGAGAGAGACUACACCAAAUGUACAGUGUUGGAACAACAUGGUGGAGGCAUUCGAUUAGACGGGAGGGAAAAUUGGUAUGGAAACAAAUAAAGCACUUGUCCUUGACGACAGGACAUCACCCCCACCCCCCCCUUUCUUUUAUGCUCCCAUUUGCUUCUUGGAGAACCAAGUCCGUCAAGUCACCUCGGCGGACUCCCGGGAACGUCAUCACUGCGAUUUUUACCCCAAGACGAGGACUGGUGGCAUCUGGAUGCGGACACGAGGAACACAUUUGUAGAGAAUCAACCACCAACUUUGCUACGACUGAGACUUGCAGCGCGCACACAGGGAAAAAAAAAAUCUUGCAAAAUCUUCCCAAAAAAUUAGCAAGCAAAAGGCGCAGAAGAUCUUUUUGUGUAGUUUAUUUUUGUAUUUUUUAAGCUUUUUCUUUGUCCUUCUCCUGUGUGUAUGUUGUGUGCAUUUUUAAAGACAUCACUUUUUUUUAACUAUUCUUCACCCCCCCUCCCCCUUCCAGUAGUUUGUGUUUGUGGGCAGACCGUGGCCGUUGACGUCGCCACUAUAUUUUUAAAAGUCAGCAUCACUUGGUUGUGUGUUGUUGUUAUUGAAAGAUGCUUGUGAUGAAGAGCCAGACUUUUCUAUUUGUUCCAAGUAGAAGCGCAGAGGUUCUAGGACUGAAGGGAACUUGAAGUGGACCCAGGGAGAGCUUAGACUUUUGUUUACUACGACUUUCUCCACGCGUUGCUUUGCACGUGUUGCUUUGUUUGCCAAACAUGGAGUUCCGCAGGGUUCACGCCCACCGCCCUUAACAUCCCGCUCUGUUGUCACAUGCUUUUUAUGCUCACGAAUGUGCUAUCUCACCUCUUUUUCAUUUCUUAUUUUAUUUUACAAUGUCCAAUGGUAUUAUUAGUAGGCAUGCCCCCCCUCUACACCACCCUACCACCCGCUUCAAGGAUGUAUGUGAAUCCAUUGAAUAAAUUGACAUUUCCCCCCCUUUCCACGACUCCGUGCAGACCUGUGUGAGGUUGUCUUGGGCAGAAAGCUUGCAUCACUUGUAAAUGAGUUCAUUCAUCAGAGCAAAGAAUAAAAGCAAAGCAACAUCCGGGCCUUUGAUAGAAUCACCUGUCAGAGCGUUUUCACAUCACGGCCAUCUUGAUUGCCUUUUUGUGUCUUUACUUGUCAAAGAAAGAAAUCUAUACAGAAAUCUAUAUAAAACUAUAUCUAGUCUCCUUGAUUGUUUUCAGUUGGGAGUGUGAAUGUUGUUGUCCAACUGCACUGGCUCGUUUCAGUUUUUCUUCCCUUCCUGCUCGCAUCUCCUCCUCUAGCGUUCUCCGAAAGAACUUUGUCUUCACAUGCAUUCAUUUUUUUGUGCGUGUCGGUGUGUCUGUUCAACCAAACUAGACAUGCAUGCAACAGCCGUGUAUUUUGGUAGUGAUGCCUUAAGUUAGAUCAUAAGCUGAAGGUUCUACAAGAAAAAAAAAAGCAACAAAAAAAAAAAAAUGGAAUAAGUUUGUUCCUCUCUCCAUGUGGUAUACAAUUGUGUCCUUUCCUUCCUCAGUACCUUUGCGGGGUGGCUCUUUUUUGCGCCCUUGUUAGAUAGCUCAUCAGCAGCGGCGCCCGGGUGUUUCUGAACUUUCCCUCCCGUGUUGGGACGAGCUGCUCUGGGCACCGACGGUUGUUUCUCUGGGCUGAUUGCAGGUUACCUGGAAAUGUCCUGUAUUUUCCAAUGUGUGUUUUUUUGUACUGUAGGAAGUAAUGUAUCUUUUAUCAUCAAAAAAAUAA